UGAUGAUUCCUCCCGCUUCCAAUUCUUCAGGUCCAAGUCAACCCGUCUGCCUUCAUCACCAUCAUGGAAAGACAGACAUUUGUCAAACAUGUGGUGAUAAAGGAGAUUCGAACCGGCUCAUAUACUGUGUACAGUGUCGAGUUUCUGCUGAGCACAGUUAUUGUGCAGGGAAUUUUCAUAGAGAACAUGAUGAAACGAUCAGAUGGAAAUGUGAGGAAUGCUCUCUAAAUGAUGCCAAAUGUAGACCGACGCCAUUGAGGAGAAGUGCACGCAUAAGUGAAGCCGCUGAAUCUAAAUAUAACAGGGUGAAAAUUGAAAGGGAGAACCAUGAGGCACUCAAGAACCAUGAAGAAGCCUAUUUCGACCAGUCAUGUAAGGCAGAAUCUUCUGAUGAAAGUCAAGAUUUACCGAUUAAGAAGAGAAGGCGCUUGGACUUUAAAGAAGAGAACUUCAUCGACGAGGAGUGUGAAGUGCAUAUGAGUCCUUCAAAGUCUCCCUCGGAUCAGCCAAAAUUAGAGUCUGACGUAUAUGUUGACACUAGAGCUGUGAACAUUGAAACUGUUGACGAACCUUAUCCAGAAAGUAGCAACUAUAGCCCGGCCGAACCGAUUUGUUCUCCAGCUUGGAGGGGGCAAUUGAGAAUCAACAAGGCGAUUCUGCUGGGCGUUGGGGCUCACUUAUCAACCAUAGCCUGCCCUAAAGUGCAUAGUGCUGUGAGCGGUCUGCCCCCAGUGGUUGACGUAAAGUUGCUAUCAAGGUCUGACGUAUGGCCGCCGAGUUUUCAGAGGUCACCGCCUACUAACCAUAGCAUUGGUCUUUAUAUUUUUCCACAAUGUGAAAGUGAUGAGAAGCUGUUUGAUGGGAUGAUGAGGGAUGUGAUGGAGCGAAAUCUGGCUCUCAGAGCAAUCAUCUCAGACAACGUGGAGCUCCUCAUAUUUUCUUCCCGAUUAUUUCCCACACAAGAUUGCCGAAUGUGCGGAAAAUAUUACUUAUGGGGCGUUUUCAGGCAAAAGGGAAGCACUUUGGGAAUUGAACUGGUGAUGGGAGCCUAAAUGUGUUGAAUGAGGACGACAUCCGCUGCAACAAGUGAUCCCCACAUUAUGAUUAUAAGUAGAAUCUUUUCCCUGGAGAGGUUGUUACUUAGCUUCCUCGUUAUAUCAUAUGAGCUGGGCGCAGUCUAGUCGAUGACGUGGUUGGACGUGGAGAGAAGGUCGUCGUUGCCAUUGGUGGUGCCCAUCCCCACAGCAACCAUUGGAUUCCCUCAUAGACACACACAUGCCUUUCAAGUAUUUAUUACACCAGCUUUAGAAAUUAUAUAAAAUAUCAUUAACAGCACCCUCUCCAUGAUUU